GCCGCCGAAAUGGUGGCCGAAAAGCUGGACAAAAAGAUACGCGAGAAUCUGCGCGACGCCCGCAACAGUCUGUUCAACGGCGGCGAUAUGUUUGGCGCCAACGUUGCGCUCACUUUCCAACGGCCACUACUCGUGGUGCUCGACCGCAACAUGGAUAUGGCCACACCUCUGCACCACACCUGGACUUAUCAGGCGCUGGCGCACGACGUGCUCGACCUUAAGCUCAAUCAGGUCCGCAUCGAAGAGUCCACAGGCGAUAAGAGUCCGCCCGCCGUGGCCUCUAAGCCCAAACGGCCCGUCAAGGCCUACGAUCUGAAUCCGUUGGACAAGUUUUGGGAACAAAAUAAAGGCAAUCCCUUUCCACAGGUGGCCGAAGCGGUUCAGGAAGAGCUCGAGUCCUACCGCUCGUCGGAGGACGAAGUGAAGCGCCUGAAGACAGAGAUGGGUUUGGACGGCAAUCCGUCAAACGCCGCCGAAAUGGUGGCCGAAAAGCUGGACAAAAAGAUACGCGAGAAUCUGCGCGACGCCCGCAACAGUCUGUUCAACGGCGGCGAUAUGUUUGGCGCCAACGUUGCGCUCACUUUCCAACGGCCGCUACUCGUGGUGCUCGACCGCAACAUGGAUAUGGCCACACCUCUGCACCACACCUGGACCUAUCAGGCGCUGGCGCACGACGUGCUCGACCUUAAGCUCAAUCAGGUCCGCAUCGAAGAGUCCACAGGCGAUAAGAGUCCGCCCGCCGUGGCCUCUAAGCCCAAACGACCCGUCAAGGCCUACGAUCUGAAUCCAUUGGACAAGUUUUGGGAGCAAAAUAAAGGCAAUCCCUUUCCACAGGUGGCCGAAGCGGUUCAGGAAGAGCUGGAGUCCUACCGCUCGUCGGAGGACGAAGUGAAGCGCCUGAAGACAGAGAUGGGUUUGGACGGCAAUGUGCCCGACGAGACCAUCUCAAUGAUGUCCAACAAUACGGCCAAAUUGACGUCAGCCGUCAGUUCCCUACCGGAGCUGUUGGAGAAGAAACGCCUCAUAGACUUACACACGACGAUCGCCACAUCCAUCUUAGACCACAUUAAGAGCCGAAAACUGGACAUAUAUUUCGAGAUCGAAGAGAAAAUCAUGUCGAAAGCUGUGUUGGAUAAGUCGCCGCUGGAGCUGAUUAUCGACCCGAACGCCGGCCACUCGAACGACAAACUGCGGCUGUUUCUCAUCCAAUACCUGUGCGGUUCGGGCGCCGGAACCAUCACUGAGACCGAUGUGAACCAAAUACUAAACGAACUGUCGGUCGCCGGUUGCGAUCUCAACCCCUAUCAGUAUAUAAAGCGGUGGAAAAAGUUUAGUAAACUGUCGCCGAUGUCCGACAGUCAGUACGUGUUUCAUACGGGCGGCGGCACUAAAACGGUGAGUAUGUUCUCGAAGCUCAUGUCUCAGGGCUCGCAGUUCGUGAUGGAAGGCGUCAAGAAUCUGGUCCUCAAAAGGCAUACUCUGCCCAUCACUCGCAUUGUGGACGCGUUGAUGGAAAUGAAAUCGGUUCCCGAAGCCGAUGAGUACCGCUAUUUUGAUCCCAAACUGUUGAAAGCGGAUAACCAGUCGUCGGCCCGACACCGGACUCCCUUCCAAGACGCGAUCGUCUUUAUGGUCGGCGGAGGGAAUUAUAUCGAAUACCAGAAUCUCAUCGAUUACUGCAAAAAUAAAUCCAAAUCAUCGCCGAAACACAUAAUCUACGGGACGACUGAUCUAAUGAAUGCCAACCAAUUCCUGAGCCAACUCUCGAAGUUAGGCGAAGAUAUUCAUUGAGUUAUUACCUGUAUUUAUAAGUUUUAAUUUGUGUAAUAUUUUCCUGUUAUCGAUAUUAAGUCUUACUUUUUAAGCGUUUUAAUGUUUAAAACACUUUAGGAUUGAAUUGUAUUCAUAUUUGGCGUAAAAAUGUUUUUUAAAAUAUAGUCCUUUUUAAAUAUAUUAUAUAUAAAUAAUUUAAGAAAUUUAUUUUUGUCGAUCAAUUUGUUGGGACCAUAAAACAGAGUAUAAUAUUAAUUAUUAUUUAAUAUUUAUAAUUAAAAAAUUACAUUAAAAUUAUUUUGUUUUUUAAUUUAUUAUAAAA